CCCUACGAAUAUAUAUACGCCUCUACCGCAACAACCUCUUCCCACCAUCCCCCCAGUGCCCACACCGCCGCCGCAAGAAAUUCCACCGCGCGGCGCACGCACGAGAAGAGAAGAGGAAGGCAGGUAGCAGCAGACCAAGAGCCAGCGCAAACAUGCCGUGCAUCCAGGCGUCCAGCCCCAGCAUGGCGCACCAGCACCACGGCCGGGUCCUGGCUGGCGUCUGUGUCGGCGUCAGCUGCGCGGCUUCGACCGCGGCAGGGAUGAGGUGCGGGGCGCACGACGGGGAGGUGCCGGCGGAGGCGGCGCAGCACCACGAGCACGCGGCGCCGGGGCCCGGGCGGUGCUGCUCUGCGGUGGUCCAGCACGUCUCGGCGCCCGCCGCGGCGGUGUGGUCCGUGGUGCGGCGGUUCGACCAGCCGCAGGCGUACAAGCGGUUCGUGCGCAGCUGCGCACUGCUGGCGGGCGACGGCGGCGUGGGCACGCUCAGGGAGGUGCGCGUCGUCUCGGGCCUCCCCGCAGCGUCCAGCCGCGAGCGGCUCGAGAUCCUUGACGACGAGAGCCACGUGUUCAGCUUCCGCGUCGUCGGCGGCGAGCACCGGCUCCAGAACUACCUCUCCGUCACCACCGUCCACCCGUCUCCAGCCGCGCCCGACGCCUCCACCGUGGUCGUGGAGUCCUACGUGGUGGACGUGCCGCCGGGCAACACCCCCGAGGACACCCGCGUGUUCGUCGACACCAUCGUCAAGUGCAACCUCCAGUCGCUGGCUAACACAGCAGAGAGGCUCGCGUGAGGCCUCCGUGCACCUCCAUGGGUAACCGAUCGAUCGUUUUUCCGGGCCGGAGGGAAUAAGGGAUGCGUGUUUCUUCGGCGCGUGAGCCUUUUCCUUUCUUCUUUCUUUGGUUUCUUCACAUUUAACCCCCCUUUUUCUCGUUGUUGCGAGACACACACCCCUCCCUCCCUUGUCCAAAAGAUUCAAGAGAUGACAAGUAUAAUCGAUAGAGAUUUCAGUUCCGGUACAUGCUUGAAUUGAUCUGUACAUAUGUUCGAAAUAUAGAUAUUGUCUCUGGAAGGCCUAAAUCGCACAA